UUUCUCUCUCUCUCUCUCUCUCUCUCUCUCUCUCUAUCUGUGUGUGUGUAUGUGUGUACGCUGGAGCCGGAGCGCAGCGCGGAGAGGAGAGCAGACCUCUUUACUCCCUGAGUGACUGGACAGACCGGGACAGACGGACAGGGGAGCGGGCAAUCACAGUUGUCUCUGUGCAAUUUGAAAUUCCAUUGAAUUUGAUCAGCGCCAGAGAGAUGACAGGGGGCUGCUUGUGGACGGCUGCACUGGUUCUUGUCGCUGUUUGUGUGGAGGUUGCUGUAUUGGCCAACGAUGGAGACGCAGUGUUCAUCAGGGAAUUCACUCUGAUUCGACGAGACCACCUUCCAGAAGAGCCGCUCCAUGAUGUCAGCCAAAAACCAGAAGACCCUAGCUCACGGACGGCCCGAUCAGAAGAGGACAGAGACACUCUGUGGGAUGCCUGGGGCUCGUGGAGUGAAUGCUCCCGUACCUGUGGAGGAGGUGCCUCAUACUCCCUCCGACGAUGCCUCAGCUCCAAAACCUGUGAAGGGCAGAAUAUCAAAUAUCGCACAUGCAGUAAUGUGGAUUGCCCUCCAGAUGCAGGUGAUUUUCGUGCACAGCAGUGUUCAGCUCAUGCAGAUGUGCGAUACCAGGGUCAGUACCAUGAGUGGCUGCCUGUGUACAAUGACCCAGACAACCCCUGCGCUCUCAAGUGCAAAGCCAAGGGCACGGGCCUUGUGGUGGAGCUGGCGCCCAAGGUGCUGGAUGGGACACGCUGUUACACCGAGUCCUUGGACAUGUGUAUCAGUGGAGUCUGCCAGCUGAGGACACAGUUGUUGUCAUCCCCUAUAAGAGUCGUCAUGUCCGUCUAGUCCUAAAAGGCCCGGAUCACUUGUAUGUGGAGAGUAAGACUCUACAGGGGUUAAAAGGUGAGCUGGUCUUGGAUAAGUCAGGCCAGUACCACCUGGAGAACACCAGCUUGGACUUCCAGAAACUUUCAGAUAAGGAGGUCCUGAGAAUCACUGGCCCACUCGGAGCUGACUUCACUAUCAAAGUGCAGUUUGCCAGUGUAGCAGACAGUGUGGUCCAGUACAUCUACUACCAGCCCAUCAUCCACCGCUGGAGGGAGACUGACUUUUUCCCUUGCUCUGUCACGUGUGGUGGAGGCUACCAGCUCACCUCAGCAGAGUGCUUUGACCUUCGUAGUGGCCGGGUGGUUGUAGAUCAGUAUUGCCAUUAUUACCCAGAGAACAUCAAACCUAAACCCAAACUCCAGGAGUGCAACAUGGAGCCCUGCCUGGCCAGUGAUGGCUACAAGCAAAUUAUGCCAUAUGACCUCUACCAUCCCCUGCCUCGAUGGGAGAGCAGUCCCUGGACCGCCUGCUCCACCUCCUGCGGUGGAGGCAUCCAGAGUCGCUCGGUAUCCUGUGUGGAGGAAGACAUGCAGGGUGUCAUCACUCCCACUGAGGAAUGGAAGUGUCUCUACUCCCCAAAGACAGCUAUCCUGCAGCCCUGCAACACCUUCGACUGCCCCACCUGGCUGGCACAGGAGUGGUCACCCUGCACGGUGACCUGUGGUCAGGGUCUUCGCUACAGGGUGGUGUUAUGCAUCGAUCACAGAGGCCUCCACGCUGGAGGUUGUAACCCCACCACCAAACCCCACAUCAAGGAGGAGUGCCUGGUGACUGUGCCCUGCUAUAAGUCCAUAGAUACACUUCCAGUUGAAGCAAAACCUGUGUGGCAUAAGCAGGCCAUAGAGCUGGAGGAGGAGACCAUCGUUACUGAGGAACCAACGUGA